AAGGAAGUGACCUACCAGGGCAGACCCCCCUACCUCACAUCACAUCACAUGUGGUUCCUCAGGAGCCCUGGACCAUUGGUGAGCUCGAUCUGCUGGAGAAUGCUGCGGCAAGUGAUUCACAGAGGACUCAAGUCAUUCUUCUACAAGCUGGGCUUAUUUGUCAGCAGACACCCGGUGUUUUUUCUUACUGUGCCAGCUGUCCUCACUAUCAUCUUCGGAUUCAUCUUUCUGAGCCGCUACAAAACGGAGAGGGACCUGGAAUCUCUGGUGGCCCCAAGCCACAGCCUGGCCAAGAUAGAGAGGAGCUUGGCCAGCAGCCUCUUCCCCCUGGACCAGUCCAGAAAGCAGCUUUACUCUGACUUACAUACCCCUGGGAGAUAUGGCAGGGUGAUCCUGGUCUCCAAACCUGGUGGGAACAUUCUACUCCAGGCUGAGCAGAUACUUCGUAUCCAUCAGGCUGUGCUGGAGAUGAAAGUCAGCCAUGGGGGUUACAAUUACACCUUCUCACAUCUGUGUGUGUUGGGCAAUGAGGAGAAGAAAUGUGUGUUGGAUGAGAUUAUUUCAGUGCUAGAGGACCUCAGGCAGGCUGCUCUCUCCAAUAAGACAACAGCCAGGGUGCAAGUCAACUAUCCCAAGACUAAAUUAAAGGUAUGGACCUGCUUGAUGUCCACCCAGAGGACAGCUCUGAAUAAGGACCUAAUAUCAUGUUUUAUGUUUUUUCAUCAAACAUUCUUUAAUUUAUCAUCAUACACAUUAAUUCGGAUCUAAGGUCCUUUCUAUGUCAAAGUUUUAUUUUUUAAAACACCAUGACUUUUUUUAUUUUGUUAUCUUUUUUUUAGCACAAGCAACUUGCCUAUAUUUAA